GAGGAGGGAGACAGAGGGGCUGUCAGAGACGUCGAGGGAUCCCCAGAUGAGGAGCCAGCGACGGGCAGGGAUGGUGGUGAGCCCUGUCACCGGUGGAGGUGGAGGGGCCUCCCGUUUAGAGCGUCAUGCCACCCAGAACCAGUGCCCUUCAGGUGGCUCCAGCCCAGACAGCGCCCAUCAGACCAAAGCCAUCACAUUAGACAGCUCAGCCUGCAGUAGGAGAGACAGAGACGGAGACAGCCCAGAUGUAAUUCAACAGAUCCAGGGUGAGGAACUGCAGUCUUUCGGGGUUGCAGGUGGAGAAGGGGGUGUUUCCAGCUCCGGAGGAGGUGUGUCAGUCCCCUCAGACAGCCCCGGGGCCCAGAAGAAAGGGGGCGUGGCCAGCAGCAUGAUGGACAGGAUCAAAUCCCCAGGAAUGGUCCGGAAAUCCCUUUCCAUGAAGAUGAAGAAACUCCCCGAACUCCGCCGUAAACUCAGCCUGCGCUCCUCUCGCUCCCAUCGCCACGGGAAGGAGGGGACGGGCCGAGGAGGAGGGGACGGAGGUGGAGAGGGGACAUCACCCCAGGCGGGGAGACCACAACGACGCUCCUCCAGGGGACGUUCCUCUGCCGCCAGUAAGGGGGGCUACCUGAGCGACGGAGACUCACCUGAGCUGCUGCCCAAACAGGGUGGACCAGGGGGACCCUCCUCGGCCCACAACCCACCUCUUCCACCACCCCGCUCCACCCACCACUCCAGCCAGGAGGGAGUGACCAUGACCUCUGACCUGAGCUCGUUCAGAGUCUACAACUUGUCGGACCAGCCACGGUGCGCCCAGCGCGUCUCCGGCCUGCUUACGGUGCAUCUCGUUGGGGUGGAGAAACUGCUGAGGGCCCCUAAACAGGACACCAGUAAGGAGGUGUUCUGUGCCAUCCAGGUGGAUGGUGUAACCAGGGCCCGUACCGGCCUGCUAACCUCCAGGGGGGGCUCUCUGCCCCUCAACCACACCUUCAACCUGGAGCUGGAGAGGGCCAGGCUGCUGAAACUGGUGGUGCUCACUCCUUACCCCGGGGCUGAGACGACCACCACGAAGGGCAGCGACUCCCAGCAGCGACCAGGAACAGGGUCUGCUGUCUGGGGGCUGUGUCCAUACCCCCUCUCCUCUCGGUCUCAGCAGAUAUGCGUUAGAUUAGAGCCCAGGGGUCUACUGUACGUGAAGCUGACCCUGUUGGAGCAGUGGGAGCCCCCCGACCCCCGACCCUGCCACCUCAACCCCCCCAUGGUGUUUGGAGUGGAGCUGCGCCACCUGGUGGACAAGGAGAACACCGCUGCCCCAGUUCCUCUGCUCAUACAGAAGAGUGUGGCUGAGAUCCAGAAGAGAGGCCUGAGGGUUAGUUAG